UUAUUCUGAUUCAGUUGUGUGGAGGUGAACUCUCUUCCGACAAUUUCGAUAUCACCUCCCAGCUCGAUAGUCUGUGCCUAGGGGCCAUCCUCUGCAGGGCCUCGCCUUUCGUUUUCCAUCUCUUUUGUUCUAGACGGUUUAUUCGUUUUCUUCGUUAAGCCACCAGGGACGUUCCCCGAUCUACUCUCGCCUGCGCGGGGCGUUUGUGUCCUCUUCGUUUUUCUUUCUUUAAGAAGAUUGUAGUAAGAGAUUCGCCAUCAUGCCUCCAAAAAAGCAGGAGCAGCCUAAGAAGAAGAAGACCACGGUUGAGGACAAGACCUUUGGCAUGAAAAAUAAAAAAGGUGGUGCUGCCAAGAAACAGAUCGCCCAGUUACAAGCCCAGGCAGCGCACAACAAGAGUGCCGACGCGAAGCGAAAAGAAGCCGAAAAGAGUCGUCGCGAGGCUGAAAAGAAGGCCUCAGAGCAGGCAAAGAAGGAGGCUUUGGAGCUGUUCAAGCCUGUGCAGGUUCAGAAGGUGCCGUUUGGUGUCGACCCGAAGACGGUCGUCUGUAUUUUCUACAAGCAGGGACACUGUGAAAAGGGGAAGAAGUGUAAAUUCAGCCAUGACUUGAGUGUGGAACGCAAGUCUGCCAAGAAGGAUAUCUACACCGAUUCGCGAGACGCGAAGACGGAGGAAGAUGAGAAGAAGGCUGAUACUAUGGACAACUGGGAUGAGGAGAAGCUACGCAAGGUUGUCCUGAGCAAGCAUGGUAACCCACGGACGACCACAGACAAGGUCUGCAAGUACUUCAUCGAGGCUGUUGAAAACCAGAAGUAUGGUUGGUUCUGGGUCUGUCCGAAUGGAGGAGACAAGUGCAUGUAUAAGCACAGUUUGCCACCUGGCUUCGUUUUGAAGACUAAGGAACAGAAGGCCGCCGAGAAGGCCAUGCUGGAUAAGUCCCCGCUGAAGACCCUGACACUUGAAGACUGGCUGGAAUCCGAGAGACAUAAGCUGAAGGGACCAUUGACGCCUGUCACACCAGAGACAUUCGCCAAGUGGAAGACCGAGAGGCUGAGCAAGAAGGCUGCCGAGGAACAAGCACGACAGGCGAAGGAGGCCACCGGUCGUAUGCUGUUCGAAAGCGGCAACUGGAGGGCAGAAGAGGACAGUAGCGAUGAGGACGAGGAGGAUGAUGGAGCCUUCAAUCUUGUAGCCCUGCGGAGGGAAACCGAAAGGUUACGGGAGAAGAAGGAAGAGGAGCGUCUGGCGAAACUUCACGGCAUUGAAAUUCCCGAGACGUCCAAUGACGAAGCUAUUGCACAAGAAGGCGCAGGCUGAUUUUCCGGUCUCCUCCCACGGAAUAGGUCCUAAUUCAGGGCACCUUUAGAAUCUCCCCCAACGAAGGAGUCUGCCUUUCCAGGCACUCUCCCUAUUUGCUGGGGGGGUUAAUCGGAUGUGCAAAUGGUAUAACGUAUAAACACAUAUGUUUCUGCCGUUUGUCUGGGGGCUCGUUGAGAUGAACGCUCUUCUGGUUAUUACCUUCGACGGUUAUCCUACCCUUCCACCUUUGCGCAGGCAUCGGGUUUUCUGCGAACAGGCUUCCUGUGGCUGUGUAUAGGAAAAAAAAAAAAAGGGAGGCGGGAUGGCUCGAGAUGAAGAGUACACAAGAUUGAGAGAGAUCUGUGUCGAUGAGGCAUUGAGAUAAGAACUGUUAUGAUUCUUUCCUUACGCGGGUUUGUUCUUUGGGAAUAAACCGGAGCUGUCUGCUUCUUUCGUACGUCUGCGACUGCAUCUGAUUCGAUUCGCUUGAUCUAUUCUCUGGUAAGCUGCCGUGUUUGCAGUAAGGGCUUGUCCUAGCCGUCAUCGUAUGAACGUAACCUCUUAAUGGUUCCUAUCUCGGAACCUCGGUGCUGCAAAAUAUCGCGCCUGGCCCCGUAAUUCUAAGUUCCUACUUUGUUAAACAGAAUAGUCUAGAUAUCCUCUGCUUUGAAAGCCGUUGAGUGUGCUCCUCUUUCGAGGGGGUUCUAGGCGUCCCCUCUAAG